CCACAAAUCCGAUAACAAACUUUACAAUCGGACCCAGCCUUCUCUCUGAUCCCGGUCUCUCUCGCUCUUCUCUGUCUCACUCCUCUCUCUCAUGGCACUCUCCCAUUCCUGGAUCACCAACGCCAUUAAUGGGGGAGCCAACAAAAUCUGUAUCAAAAGAACAGGACCGUCCGUCAGCAUCCUCCUCCACCCAGACAACCAACGUACCACCGGCGCCGCCACUUCCAAAUCCCAGCACACACUCGAGCCUCCUCCAGCCCUCCAUUAAAAAGAAAAACAAAACCAAAGUCUUCCGCGUCUUCAGAUCCGUCAUCCGGUCCUUUCCCAUCAUCACACCCACAGCAUGCAAAAUGCCGUCCCUCCCCGGCGGCAAGCUCGAUUCCAACCGCACCGUUACUUCUGGUGUCCGAGUCAGCGGCACGCUGUUCGGGUACCGGAAGGGCCGGGUGAGCCUGUCAAUACAGGAAAGCUCUAAGACUCUCCCCAGCUUCAUUGUCGAGCUAGCCAUGCAAACCAACGUGCUGCAGAAGGAGAUGAGCUCAGGGAUGGUGAGGAUCGCUCUCGAGUGCGAGAAGAGAGGUGAAAAAGACAAGACGAAGCUCAUGGACGAGCCUGUUUGGACUAUGUUUUGCAAUGGGAAGAAGACGGGUUAUGCGGUUAAGAGGGAGGCCACGGAGGAGGACUUGAAUGUCAUGGAGCUGCUCAAGGCUGUGACUAUGGGAGCGGGCGUGUUGCCCGGGAAGUCAGACGUUGAGGGCCCGGAUGGUGAGAUGGCGUACAUGCGGGCCCUCUUCGAGCGGGUUGUGGGUUCGAAGGAUUCCGAAACGUUGUAUAUGUUGAGCCCGGAAGGGAAUAAUGGGCCUGAGCUCAGUAUUUUCUUUGUAAGGAUUUGACACACUAGGGAAGGGAAGGGAGGGAUAGAAUUGUUGGCAUGCAUAAGAAUUAGGAUAGAAAGAAGUGUGGAUGUCAUGGAGAAGGGUGUGAUCAUUCUAUUCCUUAUGAAAGAUGUGUAUUUCUUUUUUCAUAUUUGAUUGCCUUUUCUGUGAAGUUGUAGAUGAA